GUAGGUGGUAAAGGGUCUCCAGGGGGUAUGACUUUCGAAGCGGGCUAUGUUGCAAUCCAAGAAACCAAGAGGCCAAUGAACUGCAUCGAGUACCAACAAAUUCAGCGGUAUAAAUACCACUUGCAGCAGACGGCAAUCAGUACAGACUGAAUAUGUUUUGCAAGGACAACGGUGCAGUUCAUGGCCUCCGGCUGCUGCCGCUGCUAAUAGCCAUCCUGGUGACGCUCAUCGCAACGGGCAGUGGUCACCAGCUGCCCCCCGGGAACCACAAGUUGUGCGGUCCCGCCCUGUCCGAUGCCAUGGAUGUGGUCUGUGCCCACGGCUACAAUUCGCUGCCCCAGAAGCGCCGUUUCCUGCCCUCCGCCAGCGAUGAAGAGGAUAAUGUGUGGCAAUCGCUGGCCGGGGCAGGCUUCGUCUUCAGUCCCCUGCUGACCAACCUGUACGGCUCGGAGGUCCUGAUCAAGACGCGUCGCCACAGGCGGCACCUGACGACCGGUGGCGUCUACGACGAGUGCUGCGUUAAGUCCUGCACCUACGAGGAGCUCUCCGCCUACUGCCUGCCCAAAUAGACGGGGGGAACACUUAACCCACUCAUUACCCAGCAUGCAUAGACACUCACUCACCUUAUAUACC